AUGUCCUUGCGGGCGCGGGGGCCGCUGCCGGCGGGGGCUGCGCUGCCGCGCCGCGGCCGCCAGACGGCGACACUGCGCCGGUGCGGGGCCCGCCUGCCAUACCCGCGCCGGCCACCCGAGCUCAGUGUCCCCGGGCGCCCUCCCGGUUCCCGACAGCAGGCGGGAGAGGGGAGGGACCGGGUGAGGGAAAGCGGGCAAAACUGGUGGAAAAUAGGCGAGAACCGGGGCAGAACUGGGCGAACCGGGGCCGUUGGCUGCCGUCGCCGCCGUGCUGCCUGGAGCUGCGCUGCGGACCCUGCCCGGGCAGGCGCAGGGGAAGGUUUGAUUCCCUCCCCUCGGUGCGGGGGUGCCGUGGCUCUGGCAGUGGGUCUGGGCACCGACCCUCUGCGGGGGGACAGCAUCAGCAUCCCGGGAUGGGGCCGGGUGUCCCUGGUGUCUCCCGCGCGGGUGGUGGGGACGCGGGGCCCCGGCAGCUCCCAGUUCCCGGCACGGGACCGGUUCCCGCUGGAGCCGGGGCCUGCUGACCGGCCCGGGGGCUCUGCAUUGCCGCGUCCCCCUGGGAGACCGGGAGCGGGUGGGGCUGGAGUGUCCGGGAGAGCCGCUGACCCUCCCGGCCCUGGGUUCGGUUCUCCCGGCACGGGCACCGGCUGGGUUCCCUCUGCCCGAGCAGGACAGACCCUCCAGCCCGGCGCCGGCUUUGCCACAGGCAGGACGCGCUGGAACUGCCCCAAGCGUGCCAUGGUGAGAGCCGAGGCCACCCCAGGGAUCUGCACCGCUUCCCGCAGCCCCUCCUGUCGGGUCCAGGAUGGGGAAGUGGAUUCUCGAUUCCACGCAGCUGCUGGAAGCCCUGGUGUGAGCUGAGAGGCAGCAGCAGCACCUGUGAGCUGAUCCAGCCCCUCUAUAAAUGGCUGCUGAUGCCCAGGCUUGGCUGGGAUUGCCCGGUGGGGGAGUGAAGCCACGAGAAAAAACGCUCGCUGCUUCUUUGGGGAUGUGCUGUACACAGUCUGGGAGACAAAUAAAAUGAA